AUGCUAGACACUUCUCAAAUUGUUCAAAUACGUUAUACUUUAAUGGAAUUUUUUAAGAGAGAAUAUGUUGUUGGUGAUGCGAAUGGUGAUUACAGUUCUGAACCACUAUAUCUAAAAAAUAAAUUUGCUAAUACAUUGACUUUAUUGUUUGUUCAAUUAUAUCCAACAAAUUGGCAAGACUUUUUUGAUGAGUUUCUUUUAUUGAUCCAAUCAAAUAAUAUUGAUAUAAACAUUAAUAGUAAAAGGAAAACAAAUUCUUGUACUGUUGAUAUUUUUUUAAGAAUUUUAUUGUCAAUUGAUGAGAAAGUUGCAAAUAUUGUUAUUUCAAGAGGAAAAGAAGAAGCCAUCAGGAAUUCAACUAUUAAAGACAAUAUGAGGGCAGGUGAUAUUCAGAAAUUAACAACAAUUUGGUAUGAAAUUUUGAAUGAUUAUCGUUUGCAAAAUAAAGAUAUUGUGCAAAUGUGCUUAAAGAUUAUUGGCUUAUAUAUAGCUUGGAUUGACAUAUCUUUGAUUGCAAAUGAAGCAUUUAUUUCACUUUUAUAUGAAUUAUUAAGUGAUUCAACAUUAAGAAUCUCUGUUUGUGAGUGUUUGGCCGAGAUUGUAAGCAAAGGUAUGAAACCAAGCGAGAAAUUAAAGCUAAUCCAAGCUUUAAAUAUAGCAAAUGUCAUGAGAAAUUUAGAUUAUUCAGAUGAUAUAGUAUUUGUAGAAUAUGUUGCAAGGCUAACCAAUACUUUAGGCGUAGAAUUAUGUAAAAUAUGGGAAGAUGCAGAUCAAGAAACAAGAAAUGUUGCAUAUAACCAAAUAGAAUAUUUGCUUGAAUUUUUAUUAAAAUUUCUGGCGGAUGAACAUGAUGAUACUUCAUCUGCUGUUUUCCCUUUUGUAACCGCAUUGCAAUCAUUAUUAAAAAAGCAAAAAAAAAAAGCUGGUGAACUUACUGGUGAACAAAGAGAGUUCCUGGCUUCUUUGUUAAAAGUAGUUAUUAUAAAGAUGAAAUAUGAUGAAUCAACUGAAUGUAAUGGAUCAGAUGAAGAAGCUGAAGAAGAAGGUGAAUUUUUAGAAAUGCGAAAAUAUCUGAAACAAUUUUUUGAUGCGAUUCAUAAUAUGGAUGAGCCAAUAUUUACUAUGUUUGUUCAAUCAGCUAUAAUCAAUACUUUAGAAAAUUAUCAAAAAAUUGGUAAUGAGUCUGAUUGGAGAGAUUUAGAGCUGAGUUUACAUGUAUUACGUUUAUAUGGCGAGGCUCUUAAAGGAUCAAUGUCAUUUGCUUUAAAACAAAACAAUGAUGUUGUUGCUUUAUCUCCUUUAGGUGAAAUGAUUCUUAAAAUGUUCCAAUGUAAUAUUUUUACAUAUCCACAUCCAUCAAUCAUUUUAAGUUUUUUUGAAAUUGUUGUUCGUUACUAUCAAUUCUUUGAAAUCCAACCCGAAUAUAUUCCAGCAGUUUUAAAAACAUUUAUUGAUAUACAUGGUCUACAUAGUAUUAAUUUACAAAUUCGUUCUAGAUCUUGGUUUCUUUUCUAUAAAUUUGUUAAAUCACUCAAAUCAAAAAUGAGCAAUUAUGUGGAAACAGUCUUGAGAAGUAUUCAGGAUUUAUUAAUAAUUCCAAUAGAUCCAGCCGCAAUUGAUAUAACUGAUGAACUUUUAUUAACUAAAGAAAAAGCUAUGGAUAAUACAUUUGCUAAUCAAUUAUAUUUAUUUGAAACUGUUGGAAUGCUGAUUACAAUUGAUUCUGUUCCUGUUGGAGUUCAAAUGGAAUAUUCAAAGCGAAAUCUUGAAACGGACUUGAAAGAUAAAUAUACAAUUCUCCAAAUACAUCAUUUGAUGAUGGCAAUUGGUAGCAUAGCAAAAGGAUUUCCUGAGGCGUCAAAAGGGGUAGCACCAACAGCCCCUUGGGUUGAUUUUAUGAAACAAACAACUGAGGCUAUUUUAAUAGUCCUGAAAUCUCUUAGCAGCGAGGAAAUUAUCCGAGAUUCUGCAAGAUACGCUUUUGCAAGACUUGUGAAAGUUCUUGGUAUAGAAAUAUUGCCAUACCUUCCACCUUUAAUUGAUGGACUGUUGAGUGAAAGCAAAAUUCCAGAACUUGUAGAUUUCCUACCAAAAGUUUUUCUUGUUUUAAAUCAAACACCAUCUGGAACUGAUGAAGCUAUUUUAUUUGCGAACCUUCGAAGGGCCUAUUUAAAUUUCAUCUUGGGAUUAUUAAAUGGUGGAAUGGAUCGAGUUUUAAUAAGCGAAUUGAAUAAACCAAAUUUAGAAAAUAUACUUCAAAGUGUAAUUCAUUAUGCUAGUGAUACAUCAGAAAUUAGUUCUAUUAAGAUUUCUUUUAACAUUUUAUCAAGGGCUAUAAGCUUAUGGGGUAUUUGUUCAUCACCAACAACUACUACCACAACCGCCAACAGUCCUUCUACUUCAAAUGGUACUUCUUCUAGAACUUUAGAAUCUCGACCUUUACCUGGGUUUGAACAUUUUAUGUAUGAACACAUAUUACGUGUUUGUUUUGAACUUCCAAUGAAACAAUCAUUCGAUGUUGCAGACAGUCAAUCAUUGGUGGUUUUAGGUGAAAUCUCAAAUAUAAUUAAAACUAUAUAUACACUGAGAGGUAAUGAAUUUCUUGAAUAUAUAAGGAACAUUUGGUUGAGACAAGAUCUUGCUGAUGAAUUCUUGCGAGCUUUACAACAAUUAGACCAAAAAGCUUUUAAAAAAUAUUUCAUGAAUUUUGUUCAAAGGUCAAAAUCAUGA